AUGAAGGAGAGAGGCGGGUCGAGGGCGGCGGUGGACGAGCGGUACGCGCAAUGGAAGUCGCUCAUCCCCGUCCUCUACGACUGGUUCGCGAACCACAACCUCGUCUGGCCAUCCCUCUCCUGCCGGUGGGGUCCUCAGUUUGAGCAGGCUACCUAUAAGAAUCGUCAGCGCCUUUACCUAUCAGAGCAGACAGAUGGAAGUGUCCCGAAUACCCUGGUCAUUGCAAACUGUGAAGUUGUGAAGCCACGGGUUGCAGCUGCAGAACACAUAUCACAGUUCAAUGAGGAAGCACGAUCACCUUUUGUAAAGAAGUACAAGACUAUCAUUCACCCUGGAGAGGUUAACCGAAUCAGGGAGCUUCCACAGAACAGUAGGAUCAUUGCAACUCAUACGGACAGUCCAGAUGUGCUUAUUUGGGAUGUUGAGUCCCAGCCAAAUAGACAUGCUGUCCUAGGAGCUACUGAUUCUCGCCCUGAUUUGGAUGUGAACGCCAUGGAUAGUGAUAAUAUCCCUAAUAUCCCUGAUUUGAUUUUAAGAGGGCAUCAGGAAAAUGCUGAGUUUGCUCUUGCCAUGUGUCCAGCAGAACCGUAUGUGCUCUCAGGAGGAAAGGACAAGUCUGUGGUUUGGUGGAGCAUUCAAGAUCACAUAUCUGGACUUGGAGACUCCUCAAAAAGUGAGGCUUCCCCAGGGGCAUCAGGCAGCAAGCAUAGCAAAACUGCAAAUGAAAAGGAUAGUCCUAAAGUUGAUCCUCGAGGUGUAUUCCACGGGCAUGAUAGCACUGUUGAAGAUGUCCAGUUCUGCCCUUCGAGUGCACAGGAGUUCUGCAGCGUUGGUGAUGAUGCUUGUCUUAUUCUCUGGGAUGCCCGGACUGGUACUAGCCCAGCCGUUAAGGUUGAGAAAGCUCAUGGUGGAGAUGUUCAUUGUGUCGAUUGGAAUCUUCAUGAUGUUAACUACAUCUUAACUGGCUCUGCUGAUAACUCUGUCCGAAUGUGGGAUCGGCGAAAUCUGGGUCCUGGAGGUGCUGGUUCUCCAAUUCACAAAUUCGAGGGCCAUAAAGCUGCUGUCCUUUGUGUUCAGUGGUCUCCUGACAAAGCAUCUGUUUUCGGAAGCUCUGCGGAAGAUGGUUUCUUAAAUGUGUGGGACCAUGAGAAGGUGGGAAAGAAGAAAAAUCCUAAUUCACCUGGCGGGCUUUUCUUUCAACACGCAGGUCAUAGGGACAAGAUCGUAGAUUUCCACUGGAACUCUUCAGAUCCUUGGACCAUUGUGAGUGUAUCUGAUGAUGGUGAGAGCACUGGUGGAGGUGGAACUUUGCAGAUAUGGCGUAUGAGUGAUUUGAUCUACCGCCCAGAGGACGAGGUUGUUUCAGAGCUGGAGACCUUCAAGUCUCACUUGGCCAGCUGCACUCCGAGGGCUUGA